UGGUCCGACAUUUCUUUUCUCAGUAUUAUUAAAAGUAGUUUUGAGAACAUUUCUUGUGACUCCCAGAAUCUCUACCAGUUUGUCAUCCCGGUGGCCUUGUUUCACGUUCCCGAACCAGCUGGCGGCGCAGAGCGCCCGCAGCGCGGGGCAGCUGCCUACGUCAUCAGAAAGCGCCGCGGUGGCGCACAGUUGUAACAUAAACACCGUUAGCAGAGUCAUCACUCAACGACGGCGUUGCGUUCACGUGUAAGUUGUUGGCGGCUCCUUGAAGGUGACCCCGGAGAACACGCAGCUUUAGCUCGCCCCCCCCCCCGGAGACCCGCAGCCGUCAGCCGGCGUUCCGAUGUGCCAGGUGGAGGAAGACUACCACGAGCCGCUGCAGCGCGCGGACCCGCUCAGUGUUUCCAAGAAAUGUGUGAAGUGCAAAGAGGGGACGGCAGCCGUGGUCAUCCGGGCAGGAGAUGCGUUCUGCAGGGUUUGUUUCAAGGAAUACUUCAUCCACAAGUUCCGAGCCAUGCUGGGCAAGAACCGAGUCAUCUUCCCCGGGGAGAAGGUGCUGCUGGCUGUAUCUGGAGGCGCUUCUUCCUGCUCAAUGCUCCGUCAAGUCCAAGAGGGUUUGAGUCAGAAUGCUCAUAAGAAGCUGAGAUUCUCACCUGGCAUUGUCUUCAUUGACGAGGGCGGCGCUGUGGGUCAGGCGGUGGAGGACCGGCGGAGGGCGGCUGCUGAGCUGCAGGCCGUGUUCACGGCGACCGGCCUCCCCUUCGUCACGGUGCCUCUGGAAGAGGUUCUAGACCUUCCCAGUUCAGUUUUGGCGGCGGCGUCGCUCGUUGCCUCGGGAACCGGCGCCUACAAGGCGGCCGUGGGUGACUUCGUUCGGAGCGGCGCGGCCGGCUGCCGGACCUCGCUGGACCCGGAGCGAAGGGCUCCCGCCGAUGUUCAGGAGUCCCGCACGCGCUCACUGCAGCAGCUGAUUGGCUCGGCGAAGACGCUGACGGCCAGAGAAGACCUGCUCAGCACGUUGAGGCAGCACCUGCUGGUGCACACUGCUCGCUCUGAAGGCUACAGCAAGGUGAUGCUGGGAGACAACUGCACCCGACUGGCCAUCAAGCUGCUCACCAGCAUAUCACUGGGCCGAGGGGCACAGCUGGCCCAGGACACGGGUUUCUCAGACUCCAGGUAUGGAGACAUCCUGUUAGUGAGACCAAUGAGGGACUACUCGGCUAAAGAAAUCGCUUACUACAACCGCCUGUUCGGCGUGCCGUCUGUUUUCAUACCCGGCCUGGAGACCAAGGCGACCGACAAGUCCAGCAUCCAGCGUCUGACCGAGAGCUUCGUCACCAAGCUGCAGGCGGACUUCCCCUCCACCGUCAGCACCAUCUACAGGACCAGUGAGAAGCUGCAGACGGCCUGCAGGAGCUCCUCCACCGCCGACCUCUGUGACCGAUGUCUGCUCUGCAUGUGCGCCCUGGACACGGCUGCUGAGAACGCUUCCGCCUUCAAGGCCACGCUGAUCUCGGAGCAGCUCUCUCAGGCUCAAGCUGCAGGAGACACCAGCGUUGUAACCCCAGCUCCAAAGGAGCACGAAUCCGCUGCCGCCAUUGGGAAGCGCUGCACCUCUGGAGCAGAGGAUUGUGGGAACGCAGCAAGUGGUGAAGGCUGCUGUUCGUCUGCCAAGGGAGCAGAGAGCUCCGAUCUGAGGAGCCUGCUGUGUUACAGCUGUCAGCUGACCAUCAGAGACAUGUCGUCGGUGGAACGUCUCCCCCACUACAUCCUGUCAGAGGCUCAGCGGAGGCAGCGCAGGUCUCAGAUGAGAGAGGAGAUCGGGGAGUUCCUGCUGGAUGCAGCGGAUUAGAGGAGGAAAUGCAGCUGCAACGUACUGCACAACUAUGCUCCUUUCAACCUGCAGGAUUUGGGGCCUGUGACCUAUGAACUCUGCACACGUAUCUUCAUCUGUAUGUCCUGUGUUCUCAUUCAAAUAUACCAUCAAACUGGUGUUACGCAGCACACGCUGUUACUGUAUGCCUGAAACAACAUCAUAAAGUGUCUCUUUUUACUGCUUCACUUC